AAAUCUUCUUUCUGACAAAACAAGAACGUCUGCAGAGUUGAUGAAUUAGAUGUAUGAUGUCUUUUCCUUUUGUAUUGAUGGUGGCAUUUCAUUAUUAGAGAGGAAAAGGAGGAGGAUCAAACAGAAAACAAGAGGUUUUCAGUGUGGACGUAAUGACUUCAUGCCUAAAAUAAAUCUUCCAAUAGAAAAGCUGGGAUACAUAAAUAUAUCUACACAAUUUUUUACCUCGUAGAGUAUUUUCUUCUUUUAAUUUCACUCAAUUAAUUUUCUGUUUACUGGUUUGUGAAGCAGCAAAUGUUGAUCUUGAGGAAAAAUGUUUUUAAAAUCAUAAUCUCCAUCUUCUCAUUUUAAUCUGGUUCUUUAAAAGUAACUUUCGUGUAGAGGACGAGGAUGCCCUGAGGAGGCGGAGCCAGCCCGAUACCGACUUCCUGGAGCUUCAGCUGAGAGCGGAAUGGCUGGCUGGAGUACACGCCAUCAACCACACGGGGCGCCACACCGGAAGAACAAGCCGCAUCGGAGCCACUCAGCUGGAAACCUUCAGGACGUCUUUGAUGGAGCAACAAGGAGAAACCGUCACUGUGCAGGAUGUCAAACGCAAGUGUCACAAGUGGCGGUCAGCCUGCUGCAGGACAACUAUAGGCUUCCUAUUCCAUCCUGCUUCUUAGACAUCCUAAGGAGCGAAGAACUUGAUGACGUAAUCACCGCUCUGCUUCUGUACCUAAGCUGCUUCUUUGAGCUUGAACUGGAGGAAGGCAGUGUCAGUGCACACAUAGCCUCUAAGCAGCAGAAGAACAAGCAGACUUGGCCUAAGUUACAGAGGGCUCAAAGGAAGCUAGCUGUCUCCUACUUUAGCCUAAUGACUGGCCUGCAGACAGAAAAGCAUCAACAGCAUCCCAGAAUCACAUGUUUCAACAAAACGGAGAGUCUGCUGCAUGCUAGUUUGUACAGCUUCCUAUGUUGCGUCGCCUGGGUGGCUUUUCGCAGAACGCACAUGAAAGUAAUCCAACAUGAGGUGGGGCGACUUCUCUACUCCGACACCUUCAACGCAGCUAUGAAGGAGAGGAUGAACGAAGAGUCAAAGGGAACCUCAGCUGUUGGGUCGGCCAGUCAAAGAACCAUGGUGGACCUCAGCCAAGUGGCCUCACAGCGAUCCCCUUUGAUGAUAUGUCUGCUGCCUUCGCCCAAAGAUCGCUCCCCUCAUCUGUUUGCGGGGAUCCGGGGGCGGAGUCAGGGCUUGCCAUGGGCCAGCGUUUGUUCCUCGAGAGCUUUGAUUGAGCAGUCGAAGCAGCAGCCAGCUCCCAGCAGUUCUUCCAUUAUCGGGAAACCUCUCAGUCAGUUCUGCCGCAGCAGCCUGAGACCUUUAGUGGAACAGAUGGAAAACUGACGAAGAGGAGGAGAACGUUACACCGGACUCACUUGUUUUUUUGGUUCUACUUGUGAAAUGUGUCACUCUUCCAACACUUGGAACUUAAUUUAUUAAGAUCCUUUAUAAAGAAAAAAGUGAAUUCAAAGUAGAUUAAAAGUACAAACAAUAUUAUGUACCAUAUUUUUUAACUGUAGGGUGCAGUGGAUUAAAAGGCGCACCAUCAAUAAAUGGUUUAUUUUUGAAUUUAUAUCAUAAAAAAGGGGCACCGAAAUAUUAGGCACAUUAAGCGAGACAAAAGAGUCAGAGAUAAGUCCCUAAGUCAGUCAGACUAUAUUAACUGUGUCCACAGUAACUCAAGAACUGGUUUGUGACAUGUUACACGUUAGCCACGUCAGCGUAUUCACAGGUCUGUAACUCCUAACCUUGUUUGCAACACACUACCAACAACAAAUGUUACUGAGACUACGCUAAAUCCUAAAAUUGUUGGUAACAGGUAAAAAACACACAGUCCGACAAGGUAGCUGGGUUAGCGUAUUUACAAAACACUCAACCUUUUUUUGCAUUUUGUAAAAAAACACAACAAAACGGAUACUUUGACAGAGUGCCGUGUACCACUUAAAAUAGCUUUUUAGAUCAUUAAGCACAACCAUGAUUAAUCCACAUAUAAAGCACUCCGGAUUAUAA